AUGAAUGACGAUAUAUUGUGUCUUAUAUUCAAUGAGUUAUCAGUGAAACAGUUGUUGCGAUUAGAGAGGGUUUGUCACCAAUUCAUGGAUUGCGUGGGAAGUGCUCUCAAGAACUUCAAGAAUGGGCUCAUUAUUGGAAAGAAUUGUUUUGAUGACAAUAAUCCAUAUGAUUUUUAUGGGCCAUUGCUUGACCCUGGUUAUGGUGCUCCACAUCAGAGUGUAGUAAAUAAGCGAAAUGAUGUCAAUUUAGAUAUGAGUCGAGCUUUUCAUGUCCACCGAUACGUACCACACGAAGAGCUCAACAGAUAUCCGUUUUGUCGCAUAAACCGCGGGUUAACUCGAGUGAUAAGACCCGUCCCUCCCGUGGGAUCCGUUCCCUCAGUUCCUCCCUCUUCUCAUGUCAUUGAUUACUACGAUUUGAUUGAAUACAGACACAAAUUGCAGGCAAUUAUCAGUAAGUAUCCCAACAUUGAGUCCAUGUUUUUGUCGAACUGUCGUAUGGAUAGCGAGACAAUGGAACUCAUUAUCACCGGAUGUCUACAUCUCAAGCGAUUAACGCUCAAUGUGCGAUAUCCUGCGCAAGAAUUAAUGGCAUUUUGUCGCAUAUGUAUUGAGCAAAGAGUGGCGACCAAUGAGUUCACACUUUACUUCAAUGAAGACGUCUUUCCGCAAGUUAUCGAUGGUUUGCAAGCAAUGAAUGUCUCGAUUCCCGACUACUUUCAUAUUAUUUCUCGAUGAAUGUGUUGUCCA